AUGGAUAUUGCCAAUAGGCCUUUACCAAAAGAUUUUAUGAGAAAGAAAACGAAAUCUGCACCUAUUUUGUGGAUUGCAAAGAAUUGUAGGGCAACAAGUGGGAGAGAAAAAUAUAUUAGAAAAUUAAUGGAAUAUAUUGAUGUACAUAGUUAUGGACAGUGCUUAAAUAAUAAGCCAUUCCCUGAAAAUAAAUCUCGUUUAGAACUAAUGAGCGAAUACAAGUUUUAUUUAGCAGCCGAGAAUUCAAAUUGUGAAAGCUAUGCAACUGAAAAGUUAUUUGAUACGUUUUUAAUGUCUGCCGUGCCAAUAGUAGAUGGGCCAGCUAACUAUGAUGGUUUUUUACCUUCAAAGAGAUCAGUCAUUUAUAUGGACGCAUAUCCUGAUCCAAAAGAUUUAGCAGAUUAUAUUCAUUAUUUAGAUAGUAAUGAUACUGCUUAUCUUGAAUAUUUUUCUUAUAGACAGCAUGCAUUAGAUAUAGCAGCAAAGGAUAGACUAGAACCAACAUUCAUCAGUAAUUGGAGUGAUACAGCAUUUCAUAACGAGCGAACUAGUUAUUGUUCUAUCUGUAGAGGAGUAUUACCAUGGUGGAAUUAUAAAACAAAUGACAUAAAUAAUGAAUAUAAACAAGAGGAUGUGUUUCUUGUAGAUCAAACUUGCUCAGUACCUGGAAAAUGGAAUUAUAUUGAAAACGGGCCACCUUAUACACCAAAUUGGACUCCUAGACUCCCUGAUGAAUUUACACGUCCAACAACCUACAUUAAUUUAUCAAUGGAGAGCAAUAUUACAACAACAACAACAACAACAAUAGAGGACACAUUUGAUAAAUAUAAUGCAGUUUUAAUAGCUAAUGCUUCAUUUAUCUUAUUUUAUUUUGUCUUGAUUGUAUUCUUAAUUCGAGAGGCAAAAAAGCAUACUAUUAAGCAAUUUGAUAAUGAAGCUGUAUAAACGUAUAUCGUUCGUAUAUAAUAAAUUAAAUGGGAAUAGAUGAUCCGAU